GUGCCAGUGGGCUUUGCAGCCGGAGCCCAGGGCUGUCAGUACGCGUCCAGCCGGGUUCCUCCACCGAGUUCUCCGAUGCCAUGGCCUCCCCACCGCAGCUGCAGGCUCUUCUCCAGGCUGUCAACACGCUGCUGCGAAAGCGCCGCUACCACGCUGUGUUGGCCCUGCUUAAGGGCUUCCGGAACGGGGCUGUCUAUGGAGUCAAAAUCCGGGCACCUCAUGCAUUGGUCAUGACCUUUCUCUUCAGGAGUGGCAGUCUCCAAGAGAAGCUACAGGCCAUCCUGAAAGCCACGUACACCCACUCUCGGAACCUGGCUUGCUUUGUGUUCAUCUAUAAGAGUCUCUGUGCCCUACAGUCCCAUGUGCAAGGGGAGACCCACCAGAUGCACUCUUUCCUGGCAGCCUUCAUCGGGGGCCUCCUGGUGUUUAGGAAGAACAAUAACAUCAAUAGCCAGAUCAACAUGUACCUGACAUCACGCGUCCUGUUUGCCUUGUGCCGCCUGGGUGUGGAGAAGGGCUACAUCCCUAAGCUCAGCUGGGACCCGUUCCCCUUGCACACAGCAGUGAUUUGGGGGCUUGUGCUAUGGCUCUUUGAGUAUCACCGGCCCACUCUGCAGCCCUCACUGCAGUCCUCCAUGACCUACCUCUACGAGGACAGCAACGUGUGGCAUGACAUCUCAGACUUCCUCAUCUUCAACAAGAGCCGCCCCUCCAAGUAACACAGCCCAAGGUGCUUAAGGAACUCCUCUGCCCAGACAGCUUCCAGGCAGUGUGAGCUGCUGCUCAGAGUGUGGUUCUAUCAACACACCCUCACGGAGGAUCCUGCCUUCUCAAAGCCACGGGCCUCACACUCCAACUUGUUUUAUCCCAGUGUUCCAUGAGAAUUAUCAUUGAUUAUUUGUAGUAUGUGAUGAAGGUUUUAUUAAGGCUGGGGAUGGGUUUUGAAAAGGUCUUCUGUAGUCCUCUGGGGUAUAAGCAAUAGGCUCAAGUUCUUUGCUGAAAGAAUCAUUGAGCUUGUACUUUCAGACAGUGGAGACUUCUCAGUAUGUUUUACUUUCAAAGAAGAUGGUGUUAAUUUCC